AUCGCAUGGCCAGAAGGCGGGGAGCGAGAGGCGCCGGGACCCUCGCGUGGCGCUCCAGCAUCCCGGACCGUCGCGGCGCCUCUCCUUAGGGAAGAGCAAAAGAACUUUAUUUGAACCGCGAACAUUUUUUGGUCACUGAGAUUGAGUCUCCCAGUGCUUUGGCUUCCCGCCUCUUUGUCGUGGGUUUGAUCCCUCAGCUGCUCUCCUUUCCCGAACCUCCCGGGGUGCAGCCUAGAGCCCUCCCGCGCGCCUGACUCCAGAGCAGAGGAAGGGAGGCGGCCUCCGGCUGGUCCCCGCGAAGCGCUUGCUGCCCCGCAGAUGGGAAUGGCCAGGCAGUAGCGGGCGGUGGCCCCGCGUCCCGGGAGCGCACAGCAAUGCAGGCGCUCAACAUUACCCCGGAGCAGUUCUCCCGGCUGCUGCGGGACCACAACCUGACGCGGGAGCAGUUCAUCGCUCUGUACCGGCUGCGACCGCUCGUCUACACCCCAGAGCUGCCGGGGCGCGCCAAGCUGGCCCUCGUGCUCACCGGCGUGCUUAUCUUCGCCCUGGCGCUCUUUGGCAAUGCUCUGGUGUUCUACGUGGUGACCCGCAGCAAGGCCAUGCGCACCGUCACCAACAUCUUUAUCUGCUCCUUGGCGCUCAGUGACCUGCUCAUCACCUUAUUCUGCAUUCCCGUCACCAUGCUCCAGAACAUUUCCGACGACUGGCUGGGGGGUGCUUUCAUUUGCAAGAUGGUGCCAUUUGUCCAGUCUACCGCUGUUGUGACAGAAAUCCUCACUAUGACCUGCAUUGCUGUGGAAAGGCACCAGGGACUUGUGCAUCCUUUUAAAAUGAAGUGGCAAUACACCAACCGAAGGGCUUUCACAAUGCUAGGUCUGGUCUGGCUGGUGGCAGUCAUCGUAGGAUCACCCAUGUGGCACGUACAACAACUUGAGAUCAAAUAUGACUUCCUAUAUGAAAAGGAACACAUCUGCUGCUUAGAAGAGUGGACCAGCCCUGUGCACCAGAAGAUCUACACCACCUUCAUCCUUGUCAUCCUCUUCCUCCUGCCUCUUAUGGUGAUGCUUAUUCUGUACAGUAAAAUUGGUUAUGAACUUUGGAUAAAGAAAAGAGUUGGGGAUGGUUCAGUGCUUCGAACUAUUCACGGAAAAGAAAUGUCCAAAAUAGCCAGGAAGAAGAAACGAGCUGUCAUUAUGAUGGUGACAGUGGUGGCUCUCUUUGCUGUGUGCUGGGCACCAUUCCAUGUUGUCCAUAUGAUGAUUGAAUACAGUAAUUUUGAAAAGGAGUAUGAUGAUGUCACAAUCAAGAUGAUUUUUGCUAUCGUGCAAAUUAUUGGAUUUUCCAACUCCAUCUGUAAUCCCAUUGUCUAUGCAUUUAUGAAUGAAAAUUUCAAAAAAAAUGUUUUGUCUGCAGUUUGUUAUUGCAUAGUAAACAAAACCUUCUCUCCAGUACAAAGGCAUGGAAAUUCAGGAAUUACAAUGAUGCAGAAGAAAGCAAAGUUUUCCCUCAGAGAGAAUCCAGUGGAGGAAACCAAAGGAGAAGCAUUCAGUGAUGGCAACACUGAAGUCAAAUUGUGUGAACAGACAGAGGAGAAGAAAAAGCUCAAACAACAUCUUGCUCUCUUUAGGUCUGAACUGGCUGAGAAUUCUACUUUAGAUAGUGGGCAUUAAUUAUAACAAUAUCUUCAUAAUUAAUGCCCUUCAGAUUGUAACCCAAAGAGAAAAUUAUUUUGAGCAAAGGUCAAAUACUUUUUUUAUUCUUAAGAUGAUGACAAGAAGAAAACAAAUCAUGUUUCCAUUAAAAAAUGACAUGAGGCUAGUCCAAGUGCAGUGAAGUUUACAACCAAUUGAUCACAACCACUUAACAGAUUUCUGUGUUCCUUCUCACUCCCACUGCUUCACUUGACUAGCCUUAAA